UCCUCCUAGACCUUCACUGAAAUCUCACCUCCUGACACCAUGUGUUGCAACUACUACGGAAACUCCUGUGGGGGCUGUGGCUACAGCUCUGGCUGGGGUUCUGGCUGUGGAUAUGGUUGUGGCUCUGGCUAUGGCUGUGGGUAUGGUUCUGGCUGUGGCUAUGGCUGUCGUUAUGGCUGUGGAUAUGGAACAGGCUGUGGCUAUGGCUGUGGAUACGGAACAGGCUGUGGGUAUGGCUCUGGCUGUGGCUAUGGCUGUGGAUAUGGCUCUGGAUAUGGAACCCGCUGUGGCUAUGGCUCUGGCUGUGGAUAUGGCUGUGGAUACGGCUCUGGCUGCUGUGGCUACCGACCAUUUUGCUACAGAAGAUGCUAUUCCUCUUGCUGCUAA